AGAGCGGUCGCAAGCCCAUCGACUGUCCGGUGGCCGCAGUGGCCGCAGUCGCCGCCGCGCCCGCUUUUGUUUUUGUUUGCGUUUGAGGCUGGCGCCGACUCCCCAUCGGCGCACACAUGUUAUUCGGCGGCCUCAGAAAUAUGGCGGAUAGUGCUAGCGAGAGUGAUAGCAGCUCGGUGGACGGGGCAAUGGUGGCCCCGUCUCCGCUGACGCGCGAGCAGUUUCAGAAGCGCGUCGAAUCCCUGCAGCAGGAGAACCGGGUGCUCAAGAUGGAGCUGGAAACCUACCGACUCAGGGUCAAGACGCUCCAAGAGGAGAACCGCGAGCUGCGACAAGUCAGCGUCAACAUCCAAGCCAAAGCCGAACAGGAGGAGGAGUUCAUCAGCAACACGCUCUUGAAGAAGAUCCAGGCUCUGAAGAAAGAAAAAGAGACUUUGGCCCUGAAUUACGAGCAGGAGGAAGAAUGCCUUACGAACGACCUGUCACGCAAACUAAAUCAGCUGCGUCAGGAGAAGGUGCAGCUGGAGCAGAGCCUGGAGCAGGAGCAGGAGGCCCUGGUGAACAAGCUGAUGCGCAAGAUUGAACGCCUCGAGGCCCAGACCCUGGCCAAGCAGUCCAACCUGGAGCAGCUGCGCAGGGAAAAGGUGGAGCUUGAGAGCACCCUGGAGCAAGAGCAGGAGGCCCUGGUGAACCGGCUGUGGAAGCGCAUGGACAAGCUGGAGGCGGAGAAGCGGCUGCUGCAGGAGCGGCUGGAGCAGCCCCCUUCGGCACCCCCGUCUCCCAGGGACCCCUCGAGGGACACCCCAGCCGCCCUCGGCGCCCACGUGGCCCGGCUCAGGGGAGAGCUGGCUCGCCUGCGAGCCCAGCUGCACGACACCCAGCAGGAGCACCAUGAGAAGGUGGCCCAGUUUGCCCAGGAGGAGCGUCAGAUCCGCGAGGAGAAUGUGCGCCUGCAGCGCAAGCUUCAGCUGGAGAUGGAUCGCAGGGAGGCCCUCUGCCGACACCUCUCAGAGUCGGAGUCUAGCCUCGAGAUGGACGAGGAGAGGCACUUCAACGAGAUGUCUGCCCACGGCAUGCGGCCAAGGACGGUGUCCAGCCCCAUCCCCUACAACCCCUCGCCAAAUUCCUCGAGGCCACUGAGCCCGGGCAUCCAGGGCCCCGGGAUGAUGCUGGGGGCAAUUCCUCGGGAGGCCCUGAGCCCCUCGAGCCCCAUGAACCGCUGCCAGACGUGCGGGCAGCCCCUGUUCCACCCGUCGGGGCCCGUGCCCCCUCCGGGGUUCCUGCUGCCGUCCCCGUCCCCUCCCAUGGUCUCCAUGCUGCCCCCACACCCUGCCAGCUUCCCGUCGUCCAACCAGGCUCGGGCGCGCACGUCGUCGCAGGAGCGCUUCUGCAAGGGGGCCUCGGCAGCUCAGGCCGCCCCGGCCCACCACCUGCCCAGCGUGAACCCCGCCCCGCACACGAUGCCGGCUGCUGCGUCCCCCAUGAUGGACUGACCGCUCUGCCGCCUCCCCACCCCCGCCCGACCUCUCCGUUCGGCCGCAAGAACCGCCGCACCCGACUGUGCAGUGUCCCGGAGUGCGACUCGUUGCGGCGAGAGCAGGUGACGGAUGCUGUUCUCCACCCUCGCCCGGAAGGAAGACGUGGACUGGAAUUCGGCCCGCCGAAGGAGCUGCGUUCGGGUCGCGUGCGGCCUGCGGCCCCACGUGCGGACCGCCAUGCUCAAGGUUUAAACAGGCAGUGGCACUCCUAGAUCUGUUGCGGCGCUUAUUGUUUCGAGAGGCCUCAUUGUUUCUCCGGUGUUGCUACCGCGUGGCCGGGGUCGGAAGGAUGCUUUUGUCGUUUGCCUCGUGGUGCUGAAUGCUUUAUUCCCUUUUUUUUUUUUUUUACAAAUGAGAGUGGAGGUAUUUCUCAAUGUGAUUAGUCUGUUGCUUGCUUAGAGCCUGAGGUAGCUAUUCUUUAGGGGUUGUCGAGUUGGUAGUUUCGGUAAUCGGAACGUGGAAAGCCGGUUCUGCUUGCCGCACGCGACGUGCCAGGUAAGUUCUUACAACUGCGUGAGCGUAGAGGACAUUCGGGCAUUUCAAAAAGGCUGUUCUGUCUCGUGCGCACGCUGACUUUGUAUGAUCUGCCAUUGAAGCGGUGUGUUGGAUGCCGUCUGGAGGGUGCGGCUUGGAACAGAGUGUCCUUGAAAGCUUUUCGUUCCCCCGAGGCAAAUCCUGCAGAGAUGACUUGCCUGCUGUCAGUCGAGCUUACCAUGUUCCAAAUGGCAGAGUUAGUAGAUUGGAAACAGGUUUAGGGAACGAUCGGCUCUGUUCUCCCCUUUUAGUUCUAGUCACUAUUGGAUUUUGUUUUUCUUUUCCUUCAGAGGUGCAGAGCCUCAUCCGUUUCUAACAUUAUUAUUUUUAAGGCUUGGUUGACUCGGUGUCUGACCUAUACCGUCGUAACUCUCUGUGGAAUGGUGAGGUCUCAAUUUUUGGGAGAUUUGCUUUCUAUGUCGCCCGUGUUGCUAACCAAGCCUCGUAGGGAAGCCACCUAACACAAUUUCACGCCUCGGCAUACAACUAACUGCACGUGACUCCAUGAAAAACGUUUGUACAGACAAAGUUUGGUAUUUUGUGAGAAGGCGUACCACUUGUUGUGGCGGUGUGGUGACCGGGUGCAACAACUGCGGCGGCUCCAUUGCAUUUUUGUUUAUCGCGACUGUUUGUACAUACAACUCUUCGCAGCCUCUCGGUUGUUUUGGCGUUCUCUUUUUAGUUGUAAAUGCGUUUGGUGCCCCACGUGGUGCGGUGGUUUGUCUAAUCCCUCUUGUCUUGCCCGAACGGGGUGGAAAUGUAGCAAGGUGCUCACCAAACUUUCUUUAUAUUGAACAGUGUUUCUAGGUUUUCCAACACGGGAACCGACUGAACGUCCGGUUUUUUCUAAACGCGUCCGUGACCAUGUAGCGCCACGGUCUCUGUAGGUGCGUAAAAGUAGAUGUUGCGGAGUGUCUCUAGGCACUGUGUGUGUGUGUGUGUGUGUAAAUGCAACCGGUGUGACCGAGUGGUCCAGUUUGAAUGAGGGUCUUUAGAGGGCAUUGCAGCAGUUGGGGUAGGGAGGGAGGGGGCAGGGGUUGUCCUGUUGUGUUGAAGGUUUGAAGGUACACAUAGGAAAGUUGUUGCCACACGCCCCGUCAAGUUUCAAACUUUGAGGCUUCCAGAGUAUAGCGGAGGUUGCGCGCCGUUGCUUUUGUACGUGGUUUGUUCUGUGAGCGUAUGUCCUCUCGAAACAUUACUGUAGCCUCUGACUGUGAUAUCGAAUGUGUAAGCCCCCAAGUCGAGUGUUCCAAAAAAAGAAAGGGUGCUUGUAAAAAAAAAAAAAUGGAGUGGGAAGAACGCCAGAAUGAUCAAUUGGUGUAUGUGGUGAUGCACUCUGUGCGGUGACUAAUAUAUUGUAGUCCACAAGUGUCCCGCGUCUUUUUCUAUCCGCCUUGGAUUGCAUGUAAAACUACUGUCGGGUUUGUGGUUUGGUUUUUGGAGGCUUAUUGAGACAUAAUAAAAGGUUGUGCCUUU